UGAGGUCAUCCACUGACCUCUGUCCGCAUGCUGACAAUAUAUGUACAUAAAUAAUUCACUGUGGCGUAUCGCACCUGAUGUUACCUGAAACAAAUUAACCUUAAAUUAGUUCAAUUGAAUAUAUGAUGCACUAAAUCGAUCACCAGAUAAUAUAAUACGAAGAGAAACACAGGGACAUAUUUGUCGAUUGUUACGUUAGGUCCGGAAAACUGUAUUUCCACUACUGGUUUCUAAUUAUCUGUAGCAUGUGGACGCUUCCUGAUAUACCGGCAUUGUCAACAAGACGGACAUCGAUAACGCGCUAGCAUCAAAGUGCACAUCCGUUUAUGUUCGAGGCUUUAUUGGACCAUUCUGGAUAAUUUGAUAGCCACAAUACAAGGGAAAACAAGAAAACAACCAAGAUGGCUUACAGACUUAUUUUGUCUAUGUUUGUUGCCGGCCUAUCUCUUCUUGUAGCUACAGAUGCCCAAAUUCCUAUUGGCCCGAUAGAGGAAAUAUCACCAUUAGAAUUCGGACGAAUGAUGACAGGACGAAUUCCAACACAACCCGCACGUGGUCUGGGCAUACGUCCAUUAAACAGGGUUCCGUUUGUAAGACAGGGCUUAAUACCAAGACAGGCUCCGAUGCAAGCUCGAUUUAAUGCAGGAAUUCCAGCUGUGUUUCCAAAUAUGUUCAACAGGAAUGCUUUGCAAAGAGGUCGAAUUCCCAGUAACCAAGUCGGUAUGAUUGCUCCUGGAAUGCAGAUAGUUCCAUUAGGAAAUACUGUAAGAUCACUGAGACAACAACAGCUACAACAAGAGGCAAUGAGGCGUUCACAAAUAGCUCAACGCUUUCGACCUUUCGUAAACGCAACCCCACCGAGAUUUGGAAUAGCAACAGUUCAACAAGCGUCUAUCAUACAACAAAACAGGGCACAGCCAGGUAUUCAACAAGCUGUACAAGUUGAUUUGAGUAACUUCCCAAAUUUUGGAACUACCAACGGCAAUGUAAUUGGUAAUCAGCUUAUCAAUCAACUGGUGUCCUUUCAACAAGUUUCUGCUAACGGUCUGGGACAAAAUUCAGUGAUUAUCCCACAACAACCGGCACUACAAGUAGCACCACAAGUGGCACCACAAGUGACACCACAAGUGACGCCACAAAUGAUGCCACAAGUGAUGCAACAAGUGAUGCCACAAGUGAUGCCACAAGUAAUGCCAGCACUAUUGCCUGCCGAUCAGCAAUUGUUAAGCAAUUUGCUUAACCAACCUAAUGGCCAGCAGCCUCGCGGACAAUUUUUCGCAGUUCAAAGUUCAAGGCCUACACAAAACCUUCAACCAGUGGCGGGAAACAGUGGUGUAGUACAACAAUUUUCGAAUAACUUACCUAGUCAACAACCCGCCUUAACAUCAGCACAAGGACUUAAUACGGCAGCAAGAAAUGCUGUUCCGCUUCCUACAACGUCUUCAGGAAUGAACCAACCGCAAUGGUCAUUCCAAACAGGUAAUACCAUAACAGUUCCUAGUGUACAGAAAGCAUCACAAACCUCACAGACAUCACCGCAAACAAGUUCUCAAACUAACCAGGUGUUCCCAGUCCAAACUAGUACAGGUAUUACAUCUCAGCCUAGCCAGAGUUUUAGUAAUCAGAAUUUCAUGGGUCUAUCUCCAACUGUGCCUUCUACAAAACCAGCCAGUGAUAAUUCACCUGUUCAGUUCGACGAACAAGUAACAAUAUUUCACCCAGAAAAUAAAGAAUUGUGCUAUCGAGGACGCAAUUUAUCACCGGAUCUAUUGAAAUGGAUUGUAAACAUUUUGACAUUAAGGAUACAGAGUCCUGACGGGAACACACUUUGUAAGAAUCGUGAUAGUUACACUAUAACAGAGUUGGUGGAAAUGGAAAAAGAGUUUUUAGCCAUGGGCAUCAAUCCGCACAGCAAUGCAGCAUUCCAAACACAACCAAAUGUUGUAGACAUUGGCAAUACUGCAAAAGCAACUGGGACCGCUGUUGCUUCUAACCAGUCACCAAACGCACAGCUACCCACACCUCCUUCCGACGCACUGAUUGCCAUGUCCGCUCCUACACAAUGAACUCGAAUCAGGCAGUAAUAGUACGGAUGGAACCAUUCUUAGAUGUUAAUGUUGCUGAUCGACCUCUAAGCGGAAACAUAAUGGACUUUUGUCUCAAAACAUUUGUUGGUCUAUAAACCAUAAGAUCAUUUUCAAAUCAAGAUAAAUAACGUAGGAAUUAUUUAUUAAAAUCCAAUGAAGCACU